CUGUUACCUAUCCUGUGUUACAGACGAAUAUGUUUUGAAUAAUAAGCGCCAGAAAACGCCUCUAAGAAGUUUUUAUUUAGUCUCAGGCAUAUUUAAUGACAACUGUCAUCUGUCACUACCGCCCUGCCUUGCUUUUGUGGACAACAUCUGGUGAAAACGAUUCGUGAAUUGAAUAAUUUGCGUUAUAAGAGUUUCAGUUCGGGACAGUUCCAGAUUUCUCUCAGUUAAUUAUUAUACUGUUGAAUACUUAUUUCCAGAGUAAAAUUUCCUUUGAAAGUAUGCAGAAUUAUCCUGCUGAUUACUUUACGCCACAGGUGGACAAUCGGUUCGGAACUUCAGUAAACAAGUAUGUGUACUUCAGACAAAAUUUUCUUGCUCCAACUGCAGAACAACGUAACAUUACAUCAAAAGUACUGGUAAACCCACAUUUCAAUAAGAAGGUAUUCGUUAAUCCUAACUAUAGACCCGCCAAUACUCAUGUGCCUGUAGUAACAGGCGAAUAUAUGCCAGUCAUAAGCAACAAAAUACACAUCAAUCCAAAAAUUCACACUAUGACACCACCCGCACCAGCCACAAGAAAAAUACUUGUCAAUCCCAAAGUAUUGAGAAAUAUACCUGUAGUUCAACAAGAGAAUCCCCUUUCAGUCAGGCCUGUUGAAAGAAGGUUACAACUUGAGCAGUGUAAAGGUCAUGUUAAAGUAUCACAAGUGGCAAGCCAAAAACUUGCUUCCCCUGCUGCAAAUAAGAGAAUAAGGAGGUUGUCAAUACAUUCAAAAUUCAAAAUAGUUCGUUCACAGUCUAGAUCUAAAGAGAAUGAGGAGUUGAGAAAAUUGGGAUUGGAGGCAAAAAUAAAAUUAAGUUCUCUCAAGAAGUACCAUACAGCAAAUAAAUUUAAAUUAGACAAUAGGAAAAACAAUACUCCACUGACGGCUAGAAGAUCCAAGGACUCCAAGAAAAAAUAUGAUUCUCUUAAAAAGUUCCACAUACAAAGUAAAUUCAAAUUGGAUAAUAGGAAAAGCAAAUCCCCAGUUAUAUCUAAGAGAGCUAAGUUUGUUUUUGUUAAUAAGUGUCCAAGCACGAGUGACAUAGCAAAAACUAUUCCUGUAAAAAUGAAUAAAAGAUGGAGACGUAGUUCAUUGAAUCUGCUGAAUAUAAGUGGAAUCAUGUACAAAAACUCGACACAUUCAUUACGAAGAACAUCUCCACCUAAACCUAAGAAGAAUAUCUUUAAAAUUCAGGAAAAAUCAAUUUGUAAAUCAAAAUAUAAACUCGUCAAAAGAAUUUCAAAUUCGAAAAAAAGUUCUACAGAAGAAAAGAAGAGUUCACUGAAAGGCAUUAGAAGGUCACUGGCACUCAAAAAACCAAUCUCUAAUGAAAAGUUACGAAAAUGUAACAUUCCAUGUAUAUAUUACCAAAGGUUCGGGAAAUGCAAGAGGAAAGAUAUGGGAAAAUGUAACAGGAAACAUGAUCCAGAUCAAAUCGCGCUGUGUACCAAGUUUCUACAGGGAGCCUGCAUAGACGAUAACUGUUUACUCUCCCACAACGUGUCUUCGGAAAAAAUGCCCACCUGCAAGUUUUACUUAGAAGGAUCUUGCUCAAAAGACCAGUGCCCUUAUACACAUGUCCGCAUCAGUCCCAAGGCAGAUAUAUGCAGAGAUUUUUUGGAAGGAUUCUGCAAGAAGGCUCUAGAGUGUGACAAACGUCAUCAGUUCUUAUGUCCGGAUUACGAGAAAAAAGGCUGUUCAAAACCUAGAUGUCCAUAUCCGCAUGGAAAGAUGGUAAGAAAAUAUUCGGUAUUCAAUAAACACAAGUUUGCCAAGAAAUCUUCGGAUAAAAUAGAAGAAAAACCUCACGAAAAACCAACAGAGUUGGAACCAAUAAAAACAAAAGAAGUCGCAAAGUUAUCUAAAACUGAAACUGCUCGCUAUUAUCUAGAUAAAAAUAAUAUAAAUGAAGGGGAAAAUUCAGUUGAAAUAAAACGUUGUGUAUUUCCGGUUUGCAAUGAGACUGUUUGUGAUCAAGAAAUUCCAUUCAAGUCUAGGCCAAAGCUAGGAAAACUUCCUUCGUUUAUUGCUUUUGAAGAUACAUGAAUAUUUCUUGGCAACUUUUUUAUUUAAUGUUGAAAAAAAAAUGUAAAUCAUUGAAGUACAAUAAACUAUUUUUAUGAA